GCUCGCAAUCCCCUGUGGCUUCACGUCCGGAUCUCGAUGACAAGGCUGACUGUGACUGCGAUGACGAUGGUGAUGAUGACGAUGAUGGCCAUGCCGUUACGGGUGCUAGCGGCGGUCGGAGCAGAUGGGAGCUUGACAACGGAGAGAGGGAGGGAGUCCGGUUCCCGCGUCGUUUUUACCGCUACUAACCCCGCAUACGCUGCAUAUGGUACCCGAGAGUGUUUCAUAUGGGUCCGGGAUGUCGUAUUUACCUCCGAGAGGGGCGUGUUCUUCUACGUGCACCACGAUAGCUGCUGGAAUACCACUUCAGGUGCGUAUGUCCGAGGAGGUCGGUCUCUGCGCAAGGGCGAUUUGCGCGGCAUUGCUAGCUCUGGAGACGCGCAAGGCAACUCCUCCGUGGUGACUCUGCAAUGGUCACAGGCAAGUCUGAACGCCACUGCGGCUAUUGCUGCCGACAGCCUGGGGAAGGGAUCAUAUGCUGAUUUCUGGGGUUUCGAUCUAUCGCGGAGCGAGGGGCAUCUGGUGGCGCCCGUGAUUUGGGGUCUGGCGUUCGUGAACACGAUGGAUGGUUCCAGGACUACUUUUCCGAUCGCCGACUUUGGAUGCACGUUCGGUGCAUUCAAUCCUAACCGCACGAUUCUGUACGUGGGAAAUCGUGGCUGCCUUGUGUACUCCGUCAUGGAUGGCGAGUCGCCGGAAAGCUUUGUCGACAAUUUCAAGCCACUAGCAUGCCCUACAGACACCAAGCUCUCAUCCCUCUCCUUCGGUCAUCGGAGCUUUCUCCAAGAUGGGAGCUACCUAUACGCUAGGGACGACUCUAACGCAAAAAUUUUAGGUUUUAACCUACUUAGUGGAAUCAUUGACCGCGGAACUGGGACCGAGAUAGGGUACGUUAAUAGAUUCAGAGCCAUACCGAGCGACCACCUUGAUAUAUAUAACUUGAGGGAGCUCGUGGUGACCCAAGAUGGGUGCAAUCUGUUCUUCGUCGAAGAUGGGGGGACGGAGAUCAUGCGGGUGGGUUUCACCAAACCGAGAGGAGAGGUGACUUCGGUGGAGAGAGUGGCAAGUUGCAUAGUUCCGGGAGGAUGCGUCAUCGGGACGCUCGCUUUGGACAACGACGACAGUCAUUUGUACGUGUCGAUCCACACCGGGCGGCUGUUCGAAUUGCAAAUCAACAAGUCAGGACUGCACCGAUGCAUCGGUGCGCUCUCAGCACCGGCAGCCUAUGCGUCUUCAUCGCCAAUGUCAUCAUCAGAAGCUUCUCCAUCGCCAUCUUCGUCAGAUCCAUCAACGGGAGUCACUCCAUCGCCAUCAUCAUCAGAACCGUCGACAGAAUCUUCACCAUCGCCAUCUUCGUCAGAACCAUCAACUGAUGGAUCUCAGGAGAUACAUCCAUCUCCAGCAAUGGGUUCGUCGUCUUCGCCGCUACACAAUUAUGGCAAUAAUACACGUGUCGGUCCUAGGUCGUCUGACGCGCUGUCAACGUCUCCACCACCUGUGACUGUCCAAACGCCACCGAGGAGAGGUGUUAGCAUCAGCGUGAUGGCUGGCGUGGUUGUGGCAGUUUGUCUGAUAUCCUUGACUCUGGGUGGCACUGCGGUCCUCCUCUAUUCUCGUACCAGAGAAUCGGCGAGGGCUGCAUCUGGGGAUAUGAGUGCCCGGGCUUAUGCUCUCGACCGACCGGUAGCGAAGUCGUCAUCUCUUGAGCUCCCGGUAGCACAGUCUUCUGCUCUCGAACGCCCGAUGUAAGUCUCCAGCUCUGUUCGUCUUCUUUAUUUUUUGAAGUAUUUAUUUUUGGGUGCAAUCUCCGAGUUUU